AUGGCAGAAAAGGAUAGGCCCGAACUCGACUUUGAUAAUCAACAAGGUGAACAAAAGUUCUGUACGUUCAUCAAAGGAUUGCCUCAGAAACCGGAAAACACGCUUCGACUAUUUGAAAGAAGUAACGGAGAUUUCUACAGUGUGCACGGUGAAGAUGCGUUUUACAUAGCACAAAAUGUGUACAAGACAUCUUCCGUUGUAAAGUAUUUGGGAGGCGACGCAAAGAAAGGUCUACCAAGCUGUACAAUAUCACGAUUGAUGGCAGAAACUUUUCUCAGGGAUGCUCUUCUAAACAAACAAAUGAAGAUUGAAAUAUGGGGUGGAGAGCCUCGCAAGAAUAUCUGGAGAAUAGUCAAGAGGGCGUCCCCUGGUAACUUGCAAGAUCUGGAAGAUCUCUUAUUCACUAACGUCGACAUGGCAGCAUCACCAAUUGUGAUUGCUGUUAAGCUGGCCAGUCAGCGUGAUCAUAAAAUUGUCGGAGUUGCGUUUGCGGACGCGACUAUAAGAGAGUUGGGUGUCUCUGAGUUUGUUGACAAUGAGUUGUAUUCUAAUUUCGAGUCCCUUGUGAUUCAGCUUGGAGUUAAAGAAUGUAUAGUGCCAGCUGAUGAGGCACAGAAAGAUUACGAACUACUGAAACUAAGGAGCGUUUUGGAAAAAUGCGGCGUAGUGAUGACCGAACGGCGAAAAGGUGACUUUACGAGCAAAGACGUCGAGCAGGACCUCAAUCGAUUACUGGAAGAAGAGAUUUCCGUUUCAAACUUGC